UAUGUUUCAAGAAUCAAGAUCUCAUAUUUCCUUGUCACUGUCGUCGCAUAUACAUCUAGAUGCCCUGUGCCAUUGGUGAUUAUGGUGGCUCCGGUGUAUGGGCGCUAGUGCUUCAACCUGGCGUGUCAUGCAAUGCCAUCCAUGCAUUAUACGCGCGGCCAUGUCCUCAAAGACAGCAGAAUGAAUAAACGUUUCCUCUCAACUUCACCAUGACCCUCCUGCCCUGCGCUGUCCUGUUAUGUCUUCCGUUUGUUUACGCUUCACUGCCAAGUCUCAAUGAUAGCAGUGUCCACACACUCGAUGCUGCCAGCGGCAAUUGUGCAACCUGCCCCCACGCCAGAAUUUUGCCGGUCAUUAUCUGGAGCUGUACUGCAACUCUAUUUGCAUGUGCAUGGACUGCAGUUCAUCCGAACAUUCCGGGUGUGGGCGACGGGAAAUUUGCUAUUGCCUCUCGUCGUCUCCUCGUCAUGGUCAUGGUGUUGAUCGCCCCAGAACUCAUAAUCACCUGGGCCGCAGCGCAGUUUUUCAGUGCUCGUGCAGCUGCAAAGGACUUCAACGAUUGUGCCUUUGGUGCACAACGUGCCCAGGUCCACGACGACUAUAUACCAGACAGCACCGCUAUGUUGCUCAGUGACAUUCAAGAAUCAGAUGGAAGGCAUAAUCAAAGUCGAAGCGCUCCAAGACCUGCAAAAUUUGCAGAAUGGAAAUUGACACAUGGAUUCUUCGCCUGGAUGGGUGGAUUCAUGCUCUACGUUGAUGACAAACCGCGAGCCCCUCUUACGCCUACCGAGCUCCUACACUUUGUUCGUGAAAGAUACGUGGACAUGCCUAUCAUCACGGAGGCGGACAUAGAAGACAAAAGCAAGGAUGAUGGUCUAUCCAAAGCCAUCGCCAUCAUUGAGCUGGUGUGGUUCGUUCUCCAGCUCAUCGCCCGUUUCGUCCAGAAGCUUCCGAUCACAUUGCUGGAAAUCGACACCCUCGCUGUGACUGCACUGAUUUGUUUUUCCUAUUGUGUGUGGUGGAAAAAGCCCAAGGAUGUACGACGUCCUUGUAUUGUUCAUUGGAAACCAACAGCACCACCAAGCGGUUUGACCUACGACGAAGCCGAUUCAAGAUUCUCCAAUGGAUUCUGUUCUCCUUUUAUAUUCCGUUUCAUCUAUCCCCUGCUGAGUUCCAUGGGAAUGGGCAUAAUCAUUUCCCCCGGUGCUGCCCAUUCACGUCGGGUCCCGACUCUAGGUGGCUACGGUGAGCAUCGUGAUGAUGUUAUCCAAGUCCUCGUUGGAGCUUGCAGUGCGGCGGCGUUCGGAUCGAUACAUUUACUGGGCUGUAAGUUUCUGACAAACCCGGACUCAGACUCGGCCUCGGACUUGACCUCAGACCAAUUGUUAUGGUUUUUAGCUUCCGCCGCGAUGGGGGCGGUUGCUCCGUUGUUCUUUGCUCUUGUGUUCGGCUUAAAACAUAGCCUGCGCAAGAAGCGGGUUAUUGAUGCGACGCGGCAGGAAAUCACAAUCCCAUUUCUUGUACGAAGUAUUAUCAUAUAUUACUAUGCAGCUGGUGCAGUUAUCUACUCCCUCAUAUACAUCCCUGCACGUGUUGUAUUAGUCGUACUUAUCAUACGGGACUUAGCAUUAUUGCCUCCUACUAGUGGCGUGUACGAUACAGUAGCUUGGAUCAGAUUUAUUCCACAUUUGUAGUUUUUUUUACAUCGCCGUAACACACUAUGAUAGAUUGACUGGUCGCUCUCUAUCAGAAUCGGAGGUGCGAACACGGCUCGGGCAAGUUCGAACCUAAUAGCAGGCCGCCAUUUCACUUACAUACUACACGAGCUCGAGCGUGAGCAUGUGCGGAACCAGCGGUGGUCGGAAGUUGGGUGAGUCGUUCCCGCGUAAUAACGCUCCCGAUCUGGCGAGUGGGGGAAAUUCUGUGAGUGGGUAUGCCAGAGCUCGGGUCAGUGCUUGACAAAAAUGACAUUGAACACCCUACAGGUGAUGCCCUAGUGAGUUUGCUCGUUUUCAGGGUUUUCUAGUUUCAUCAGGGAUGCAAUGCGACGGGAUGUCACCUGUCAGUAUUACUGAGUGUCAGAAUGACUGCGGUCUUAGCAGAUUGUAC